UUUUCAUUUCUCUGUUUGUCCUAUUCGUGUUCAGUUUUGGAAUCAUGUACCAAGCCAUUUUGUUUCCAAAUUCGGUGUUGUCCCCUUGGGAGCUGUUUAAAGAUCUUGUUUAUUUACCUUACUGGCAGUUGUACGGCGAGCUGAAUCUAGAUCGGAUGGAAGGAAAGGAACCGUCAGAAUGCACGAAAGACAUCGAAUUGUACACGAACGGAACAAUGUCUCGAUGUGCAGAAAACAAUCAGUUUAAUUCGCUUAUGCUGGCUGUGUAUCUUAUUCUGACAAAUAUUCUUUUAGUCAACAUGCUUAUUGCAAUGUUUUCGGAUACAUUCCAAAAAGUACAAGAUAAUUCUGAAAUCAUUUGGAAAUUCCAUAUGUAUGCAUUGGUACAUGAAUACUAUGACAGACCAAUGUUUCCAAUACCAAUAGUAAUACACUUAUGUCGAAUCGUUGUAUUAUGUUAUGACAAAAUACAAGAUCACAUAAAUCGAAAUGACAAAGAAAGGAAAACUAUGUAUGCAAGCGCCUUUAUUUUGAAUCUUGGCAUCGACGAAAUUGAAAGACUUCAUAUUGUUGAAAAGAUUGCAUUAGACAAUUACCAGAAUGGAACAACUCGUGCACGUAGUCGAUAUAAUGCUAUGAAUAUGAUGACCGAUGAAAGGGACAUCAAUAAAGAAAGCGAUUCAACAACCACUCAACAUGAAAUUAAAGCUUUACAAGAGGACGUACAACGUGUGAUUCAGGAGAUACGCCAGUUAAAUGUACAAAAACAUAUUGUAAUAUUUGAUUAUCAACAUUAGUCAAAGACAAUACCAUACAACAUGUACAAUUCAAAAUUAUUAGGAAUAACUUAAGGAUGCUGGAUUUUUUUAAUGUAGAAGCAGAUUUUACUCACUAUAUCAUUGAAAUCAUUAUUUUGCUGAACUAAGGUAUCUCAUUAAUUAAGAAAAACUCAAUCGUAUCUAGACCGGAUCAGAUAGUUAUCAAAGGUACCAGGAUUAUAAUUUAGUACGCCAGACGCGCGUU